AUGACUCUAGUCUGGAGACAUUUGCUGAGACCCUUGUGCCUGGUCACCUCCGCUCCCAGGAUCCUUGAGAUGCGUCCUUUCCUGAGCCUAGGUGCUUCCUGGACAUCAGGAACCAAGCUCAGUCUUCAUACAAGGCCCAGAAUGCCUCCAUGUGACUUCAAGCCUGAAAGAUACCAGUCCCUUGGCUACAACCGUGUCCUGGAAAUCCACAAGGAACACCUUUCUCCUGUGGUGACGGCAUAUUUCCAGAAACCCCUGCUGCUCCACCAGGGGCACAUGGAGUGGCUCUUUGAUGCUGAGGGAAACAGAUACCUGGAUUUCUUUUCUGGGAUUGUUACUGUCAGUGUUGGCCACUGCCACCCGAAGGUGAAUGCAGUGGCACAAAAGCAACUCGGCCGCCUGUGGCAUACAAGCACUGUCUUCUUCCACCCUCCAAUGCAUGAAUAUGCAGAGAAGCUUGCCGCACUUCUUCCUGAGCCUCUUAAGGUCAUUUUCUUGGUGAACAGUGGCUCAGAAGCCAAUGAGCUAGCCAUGCUGAUGGCCAGGGCGCACUCAAACAACAUAGACAUCAUUUCUUUCAGAGGAGCCUACCAUGGAUGCAGUCCUUACACACUUGGUUUGACAAAUGUAGGGACCUACAAGAUGGAACUCCCUGGUGGGACAGGUUGCCAACCAACAAUGUGUCCAGAUGUUUUUCGUGGUCCUUGGGGAGGAAGCCACUGUCGAGAUUCUCCAGUGCAAACAAUCAGGAAGUGCAGCUGUGCACCAGACUGCUGCCAAGCUAAAGACCAGUAUAUUGAGCAGUUCAAAGAUACGCUGAGCACAUCUGUGGCCAAGUCAAUUGCAGGAUUUUUUGCAGAACCUAUUCAAGGUGUGAAUGGAGUUGUCCAGUACCCAAAGGGGUUUCUAAAGGAAGCCUUUGAGCUGGUGCGAGCAAGGGGAGGUGUGUGCAUUGCAGAUGAAGUGCAGACAGGAUUUGGAAGGUUGGGCUCUCACUUCUGGGGCUUCCAAACCCACGACGUCCUGCCUGACAUUGUCACCAUGGCUAAAGGGAUUGGGAAUGGCUUUCCCAUGGCAGCAGUCGUAACCACUCCAGAGAUUGCCAAAUCUUUGGCCAAACGCCUGCAGCACUUCAAUACCUUUGGAGGGAACCCCAUGGCCUGUGCCAUUGGAUCUGCUGUGCUUGAGGUGAUUAAAGAAGAAAAUCUACAGGAAAAUAGUCAAGAAGUUGGGACCUACAUGUUACUAAAAUUUGCUAAGCUGCGGGAUGAGUUUGAAAUUGUUGGAGACGUUCGAGGCAAAGGCCUCAUGAUAGGCAUAGAAAUGGUGCAGGAUAAGAUAAGCCGCCGGCCUCUUCCCCGUGAAGAAGUGAAUCAGAUCCAUGAGGACUGCAAGCACAUGGGGCUCCUCGUGGGCAGAGGCAGCAUUUUUUCUCAGACAUUUCGCAUUGCACCCUCAAUGUGCAUCACUAAACCAGAAGUUGAUUUUGCAACAGAAGUAUUUCGUUCUGCCUUAACCCAACACAUGGAAAGAAGAACUAAGUAA